GCUAUCAAUAUCCAUUUAUCUAUCUCUCGACAUUGUCUUGCAUACCCUUUUGUUCUGCAUUGUCUCGUUUCUACAUUCGGAAUCUGAGUCUAUUGUUAUUUUUGCUUCCCUUUUCUUGACCCUCUUUGUCUCUUGCGCACUGCUCCCAUAACAUUAGUAGUACAAAGGAGAAAUCUUUUUUCUUCUUACUAGGAUUCUUGGAAAUUUCUGUCUUUGAAUCAACAUGCCUAGAAAACGGGGUUUUCUUCGUUCUCUCCGUUCUGCUCUCUUCAAUUCUUAGGGAACCGACUUCUGUGUCUGAUUUCACCUCAUUGGCCAAAUCAUCGAAAGAGAAGAAAGCUUUGAUCUUGAGCUGAUUCCGGAAGAAGGCCCAGGAAGUUUGUUCAUAUAUGAAGUGGUGAAACAAUGAGAGAUGGGAACUCAAAGAAAAGCAAGAAAUUUUCAUGGCCAAAGACACUCGUCAAGAAAUGGCUCAACAUCAAGAGCAAAACUGAGGAUUUCCACGCCGACGAUGACAUCACUUAUGAAGGUGUUGAUGAGCAAUGGAGGAGCAAUUUUACAGAGAGGGAUGAAGCAUGCACCAUCAAGAAAAGUAGAACAGAAAAACGAUUCCCGGAUCGCCCGUGGCGAAGCAAGAUCGAUAUCGAUGCUGCUACUCAAGUCACCGAUGUUCAUAACUACAAGAUUUUUGUGGCAACUUGGAAUGUGGCUGGGAAAUCGCCCCCGACUCAUUUGAAUCUCGACGAUUGGCUACACACUUCGCCCCCUGCCGACAUCUAUGUCCUCGGGUUUCAAGAAAUAGUCCCUUUAAAUGCCGGCAAUGUGCUCGGGACAGAAGACAACGGCCCGGCCCGGAAAUGGCUGGCGCUUAUCCGGAAGACGCUCAACAGCUUGCCCGGGAGCAGCGCAAGCUGUCGCACGCCGUCGCCAAUCCCCGACCCAAUCGUCGAGCUGGAUGAUGACUUCGAAGGAUCAAAUAGAGAGAACACCUCUUCGUCUUUCAUCCACCACCGUCGAUCUUUCCAGUCAUUGAGCCGUAGCAUGAGAAUGACCGAUCACGACAUGUCGCUGCCGCAGCCUAGACUCGACCGCCGGUACAGCGUCUGCGACAGGGCAAUCUACGGCCAUCGACCCAGCGACUGCUACGACCCAUAUUUCAGGUGGGAUGGCUCCUCCGACGAGGAAAACGGAAUGAACGAAUCCCCUUGUGCACAGCAUUGCUCGCCUGUUUCUUACCCGGAGGAUCGGGACAGGUAUCCGGGGCAGUCGAGGUACUGUCUGGUGGCGAGCAAGCAGAUGGUCGGGAUCUUUCUAACGAUAUGGAUUCGACGCGAUCUAAGAGACGCUGUCCGAAAUCUUAAGGUGUCGUGUGUCGGGAGAGGAUUGAUGGGCUAUCUCGGAAACAAGGGAUCGAUUUCGAUCAGCAUGUCUUUGCACCAGACGAGCUUCUGCUUCAUAUGUAGCCAUUUGACGUCGGGGGAGAAGGACGGCGACGAGCUGCGACGGAACGCCGACGUCCUUGAAAUUCUACGGAAGACGAGGUUCCCGCACGUGCACGGCGUCGGGCAGCAGCACGAGAACUCCCCACAAACCAUCCUCGACCACGAUCGGAUCAUAUGGCUCGGAGACUUGAACUACAGGAUCGCGCUGUCUUACAGAUGCGCGAAGGCUCUAGUCGAGAUGCGCAACUGGCGAGCAUUGUUAGAAAACGACCAGCUGAGAAUCGAGCAGAGGCACGGGAGGGUCUUCAUCGGGUGGAACGAGGGCAGAAUAUACUUCCCGCCUACGUACAAGUAUUCGAAUAAUUCAGACAGGUACGCCGGCGAGAACAUGCAUCCUAAGGAGAAACGAAGAACACCGGCAUGGUGCGAUCGGAUAUUAUGGUACGGCCGUGGCCUCCAGCAGCUGUCGUAUGUUCGCGGGGAGUCGAGAUUCUCAGAUCACAGACCGGUGUAUAGCGUGUUCUUAGCUGAAGUCGAGUCCAUCAACCGUAGUCGAAUCAAGAAAAGCACAAGCUAUUCCAGCUCGCGGAUUGAAGUCGAAGAGUUGCUACCGUAUACGCAGGGGUAUGUCGGGCAAUUCCAUUUCUACUGACGAACGAAGAUCCUCGCCGGAAAUCACCCGACUUCUUAAUCCUACGCCGGAGCGUAAACUAAAGGUAUUGACUCCGAACGAACGCCAUUUUUUGUCAUUGAUUCAGUAGGAGCUGUGAAUCGAUCGGAUAGUCAGAACAUUGACCGGAGACGAUGAUGAAGAUGACUUCUAGAUGCAGGUGACUUAAUUUUAAUUUUAAUUUUUAGGAUUGCAAGAAUUUUUUUGGAGGGGAUAAUAAAAACUGACCCAGAGAGAGAUUCUGUUGCAAAAUUGACAAAUUAGAGAUGUAGAUGAGGAGAAAAGGAAAGUGUAUAUGUAUCUAUGUGUAGUAUGUAAGUAUUUAUGAAUGAAUGAUCUCAAGAACAUUUCUUGAUGAUGUAAAGAUCAAAAACUGUAAAUGGUGAA